CGACGAUCCCCCUUUCCUUCCGUUCCUUUGUUCUCCUCGUAAAUGCCCCGGUCGUUUUGAGCAUCGAACCGAUCGUUUGUCCGCCUUUCGCACUCUCAACGAUCUUAACCCCUCCAAAGAUCAACGUUCUGCGAUGUCGGCCGCUCUCCGAGUGCUUUCUGCGUGACCGUGCCAUGCGACUCGUACCAUGCGAACAGGUUUAACGCGUUAUGACGAGGAAUCUAGAACUCCUAUAUCCAGUGAAGACGAUUCUUGCCUCUACUCGGAACUCGAUCUCUUAAAUCCAAGAUAUUCUUCCCAAAAAUCGGUGCCCAAGUGUCGCGAUAUCAAAGGAACGAAGGUUAAUUCGCCGAAUCUUUUGAAAACAUCCUCGAGGGAUUCUGAUUACUGUUGUUGUUUCACGCGCAGCGAUCACGUCGAGACAAAAUUACUAACCAAGAAAGUAGGUAGAAAAUAUCGUGCGUCGAGUCUUCAAUAUUUUCCAGAUUACAAUCGAAAGAAGCAUGAGGUAACUUUUGCCACGGAAAGGUCUUCAAGCGGAUGCGAGGAUCUUAGCGGGAAGUCUUCGGCGAAACUUGGGAGGGAAAGAAGCACGCCGCGAAUAAUACGAGCGAUCCGCCAACGCAGCAAAAAAUCCGUGGCGGACGAGGAUCGAUCGGAAUCGCCGCGGCCCGGAAACAGCAAGAGCAGCGUUGUCGUCCUCUACCACGAGAGAUCGGUGGUUCCGGCCGCAACAUCCCCCGAGCCGCCGCCCCUCAGAAUCACCCACUCGGAAGUGGCGGUUCCGCGCGAGCCGAGUCCAUCGGUGAUCCACACCGCGCGAUCCCAGCGCCAGGAAAGAUUGAAUCAGGACGAAACAUCGGAGGAUCGAUCUCCUGUAUAUCCAGCGGAGCGGAGAAAAGCUACUUUGAGACGACGUCGGCGUUUAUCGAAGCGGCAAAGACCGGUGAACGUGCACAUUUAUCAGGACAGCCGCGUGGUCCAGGUCGGCUCUUUGUCGGAGAAUCAUCGUUUCGCGUCCAAGGGGUUGCAUCUCCAAGAUCAGAGAUCCGAUUUGGCUAGAUACACGAUCAACUGCGGGAAAAAUUUGAUCAGAUCGGAAGACGAUACGUCCACUCGACAGGACGACGAUUCGGAUGAUCCCGAACGAGACAUAAGAACGGGCGAACAGUGGAAACACGAUAGAAGCUUCUUCGGGGAACGAUGUCGUCCCUCUGAUAAUCCUGUUUCGAAACUAAUGGCUCAUUCCAGUCCAGGACGAGACGGUGAUUGCAGCCAGUGCAAGAGAGAAUCUGUGUGUCCGAACUUGGCCUAUCUAAUGCAGCAGAUACAGUCACGACCGAGGGAACGGGGUGACGAUCGCGCAUUCAUCAGCAUAAACGACGGCGAGAAUUCGAAGCGAGUUUUCCCGUUCCAAUCGACUCCAAGCGGUAACCUGAAGAUCCUUCCGAAUCAGGUGGUGUUCGAAUCGAAGAAGGUGAGCGUAUUGGUCGCCGACCCAAAGCACACCAAGAUCAACGUGAAGGCCGAGCUGAGUAAAUCGGGGAACGAGCUUGGUGGAUGCGUGUCCGAUUGUUCCACGCAUCCGAAACCGAUCGAUCUUCCGUUAAGUGUAUCGUCGUCGAUGAUCAAUCAGUUGCAAACCCACAAAAGGUUACCAACACCCGAGGACGAGUAUAAAUCCACGAUGCACCCGUUCAAAGCGAAGAUCGGCCAAGCGGAGACCACGGAGCAGAAACAGUCGACGUCCCGUGAACCGUCGGUGUUGCAGGAAGUGCCACUCUCCGCACUCGGAUUUACGGGCGAGCAACCAAUCGAUUGGAGUAACAUAAUUCUCCCGGAGAAGACUGACCUGUAUCAGGAGUUGGCAAGGCGUAUCACAAAUUACAAGAACGCCGACUGUAUCGUGCGAAUCGAUCAGGACGAGUUCCAUUGCCACUUGCUCGUGCUUCAGAGCUACAGCACCUUUUUCGACGAGAGGAAUUACAAGGAGAUCGAUCUCACCGGGGUAAGUUAUCGGAAUUUUUCUUUCAUCCCCCUUUUCCCGCUGGGAAUCGCGGACACCUGUGCAUUACCCGUGUCGAGGGAACAAAAAGAUCCAACUCGUUUUAAGAACUACGUGACGUAUCGAGAAUUUUUACUUUAUCUCGAAGAGUAUCAAAAAACAAAACUUUCCGAGUUGAAGAAGCGAAAAAAUUACCAGAAAUCUAUCAAUUCCCCUCACAACGAUUACACAUUUACGAUAUCUAAAGGAUCGAACAGCUUUGUCCAGAAUUCAGGGGGAAAUUCUUUAGGCGAUACUACUGUUAUUCACGGGACAACGAUGCACUCUAGACAUUCGAAACAAAUACCAUCGAAUUAUUUACAAAUGGAGGUGCCAGAGAGCAUGAUGAUACCGCCGAAAUUCACGAACGAAUAUGUAAACAGCGUAGAAAAAAGCAAAGGGAACGACGAGAGGAGCGUCGCCUUCGACGCGAGAUUCACCGGUGGAGGAGAAUCACUCUCUCAGAAGCUGUACAGAUCGGCCACAGUUGAGAAAUAUACGCAGGAACAGCGCGGCGUGAAUUCACCGAACGUCGAUAAAUUGGAUUACGAGAGCCGGCGCGAGAAGAACGCGGCGGAUGUUUGCCGGUGCCAGCAGCAGCGCGAGUCGAAUUUCAUAUUUUCCGCGAAGAAGCAGCACCCGACGAGACGUAAGUUCUCGAUGGAAGCGGAAGAGCGGCAAACGGACUCCGGCAAAUCCGAGGUGGAGGCCGCAACCACGAUACAGGCAGUUUAUAGGGGUUACAAGACACGGAGGAAGAUCGAUGAAAUAAGAAAAUCAACGUCAGAGGAGAAACGAAAUGUCAAGAAGGUAGCGGAACUUUUGUCUAUUCCGAUGGACGAUACGCUACGCAAUCCCUCGAUGGAGCCGAUCCGAAUUUCAAGCAGUCCGGUGAAUCAAAUGAGGGGCGAGAAGGACGAGAUACUGCACUCGUUGAGCCCGAGAAAUAAAAACAGAGGACAGUCGAUCCUUCAAAAUCAAAGUAAACGUUGCGUCGAGGAUCAAGUGAAUCAAUACGAAAUGCGUGAUUCCGUUUAUACGAUCGAGGAACAACGAAAACAACAAAUUCCUCAAAAUUUAACGACUCAACGAGAGACAUUAAAGUCUAUCAAGAUGAUAAAAUCACCGAUGUUUUUCUCGAAAUUCGACGAAAGAACCAGUUCCUUGUCGAACACGGAUACUGACGAUCUUUCCUCUCCGCGAAUAGAAAUGAAAUCGACGGCAACGAAUAUCCAGGAGAAUGUUGCUGCCGAGAAAAACAACGAAAUGAAUUAUCCUGAUGGCGAUAGUAUUCAACGGCUCAAACCCACCGUCAGAAAUGUUCAGAUACGAGCUACGACGACGAACUAUAAACGACCUCUCCCGCAAAAAAUCAGCGACAGCAUGAUAGCUACCAACGAUGCCGGUUACUUCUUCGACAACUCUUUGUUCUUUCCUGACAGAGAGUCGGUCCUCGUGUUCGGUGGCGUCGAUCCUCACGAGGAAUAUGGCCGACCCGGGAAUACAGGCAAGGACAUAUACAGGUUUAAACCUGACCAGAACAUUUGGGAAUUCGUGGGGGAAAUUCCACGAGCGAGGCAUCAUCAUUCGGUCGCUUACUUAAGAGGCCGCAUUUAUUUAGUAGGUGGAGCCGAUCCCUUAGAAGACAAACUUCAUAGGAAAAGCUUCGCGGUUGGAAGCGUUUGGAGUUACGAUCCAACUACCAGGACUUGGUUCAAUGAACCUGGUAUGCUGACAGCUAGGAAGGAUUUCGGAUUGGUGGUCAGCCAUGGGAAAAUGUACGCGAUAGGAGGGCAAGGAAGGAACGGGAUAGCUUUGAAAACGGUAGAGGUUUUCGAUCCAUCGGACUCCACGUGGAGAGAAGUGCAAUCGAUGCAGAUCGCCAGGGUGGGACCUGCCACGGUGAAAUAUCGAGAUCUUAUCUGGGUCGCUGGCGGAAUGACAAAAUCGAAGAAGGAGCUAUUCUCAAAGGAAGUGGAGUGCUACGAUCCGAUCAAAAAUUUAUGGCUGAAAGCGAUACCUUUGAGGUCACCGAGGUGCUUUGCCUCCUUCUACGUGAUAUCCGACUGUCUUUACGUGAUCGGCGGAGCAUCGACCACGGAAAACGCCACUCAGAGUAUCGACAGCAUCGAUGUGUGGGAUGGAAACGAUUACGUUUGGAGAGAGCACACGAAUAUGUCGAUCGCGAGACACGGACAUUCCACUGGCUCUAUAGGUGAUCAAUUGUUGAUAAUUGGCGGAGUAACUACGGUGUUUAUGAAAACCUUGAAUAGCGUUGAAUGUUAUUGUUGCGAUAUGGGGAAAUGGAUGAAAGGUGUAUCCGCGCUGCCGCAUCCGGUUUCCGGUCACGGAACCGUGUCUUUACCACCGGCAAAUCUUUUAAUAAAUCGCUGAUAACUGUGAAAUAAAAAUUAACAUGUUUCUUUAUAUGUUUGUUGCGUUU